UCUCUGUGUAAUAUAACAAAUAGCAAUUAUGCAAAUGCCAUUUCAACAACGUAUGCUGUGGUGGUCAGUCUUCUAAGGACUCCACACAUAUCGGAAAAUGUAUUCAGAAAACGUGAAAGUUGAGAAUGGGAGUCGUGAGAAUCCAGGGUUUGAUUCUGCGCCAGAGUAUGAUGACAAAUCCAAGAAAUUCCCCCCAGACUACAACGGUACGGAAAAGGAUCUGCCUUCGGACUAUCCGGAUAAAAGUGUAGAUGGAGCUUCACCAGAAGUUGAAAGGCCAACAUGGGACAACCAAUACCAGUUCCUCAUGUCCUGUAUCGCCACAUCGGUCGGUCUCGGCAACGUGUGGCGAUUCCCCUUCAUCGCCUACCAGAAUGGAGGCGGCGCCUUCCUCAUUCCUUACAUCAUCGUACUUAUACUCAUAGGAAAACCCAUGUACUAUUUAGAAACUGCCCUUGGUCAAUUCAGUAGCAGUAAUUGUGUUAAAGUAUGGGCUUUAUCACCAGCUAUGAAAGGAACGGGUUACGCUCAAGCUCUCAGCGCUUUGUACAUCGUCUCUUACUAUAUGUCAAUUGUCGGACUUUGCCUGUACUAUCUACUAAUGAGCUUCCAGAGUGUUCUGCCCUGGUCUGUGUGCCAACCAGAUUGGGUGGACUGCGUUCCUUCGGGAGAGGUAGCCAAUCAGAGCUUAAUAAUAGACAGGCCUAUAACCAGUGCUCAGUUAUAUUUCCAGAAAGUUAUUCUGCGCCAGUCUGAUGGUAUCCAUGACGGCAUUGGUGCACCACUCUGGGACCUUACACUGAGUUUGUUUAUAUCCUGGUUAAUUGUCUUCGUAAUCGUCGCAAAAGGUAUCAAAAGUUCUGGAAAAGCUGCCUACUUCCUCGCUCUGUUCCCAUAUGUCGUCAUGUUUAUAUUGCUUAUCAGGGCUGUCACAUUGCCCGGCGCUGGUAAAGGAAUAUUAUUCUUCAUUACACCACAGUGGGAAAAAAUCUUGGAAUUGAAGGUAUGGUAUGCAGCUACAACCCAGGUGUUCUUCUCUCUGUCCACGUGUUCUGGUGCAUUGAUCAUGUUCUCCUCAUUCAACAAGUUUACACAAAAUGUAUACAGAGACUCAAUGAUUGUGACCACGCUGGACACGUUCACCAGUUUGAUAUCUGGUAUCACCAUCUUUGGAAUUCUGGGGAACCUCGCUUUCCAAAUGGGUGAGGACGACAUCAGCACCAUCAUCAGAGGAGGAGGUUCUAGCUUGGCCUUUGUGUCCUACCCAGAUGCUAUUGCACAAUCUCCAUUUGUUCCACAACUAUUCUCCGCCCUGUUCUUCUUGAUGAUGGCUGUACUUGGUGUUGGCUCAGGAGUUGCCCUGUUUUCGACUGUAAACACGAUCCUCCUCGAUGCUUUCCCCAAAGUCCCCACGAUUGUGAUGUCAGGUGUAAUGUGCUCGGCAUGCUUCUUAGUUGGACUCGUUUAUGUUACUCCAGGCGGUCAGUACAUUCUAGAACUGGUUGAUCACUACGGUGGAACUUUCAUGAGACUGUUUGCUGCGAUUGUUGAGAUUAUUGGUGUCUUUUGGAUUUAUGGUUUGGAGAACAUGUGUCUGAAUAUUGAGUUUAUGUUGGGCUUGAAGACUUCAUUCUACUGGCGUAUCUGUUGGGGUAUUGUGACACCAUUUAUGAUGAUGACCGUUUUCUUCUACGCUUUGAUAACAACGGAUCAGUUGACGUUCAAUGACUACGUUUAUCCGGAUAUUGCUUACAUUGCUGGCUCAUUGCUUCAGUACUUUGGAAUAGCUUUGGUUCCCAUAUUCAUGGCAGCUACAUUAUGGAAAUAUAGAACUAGCAGCUUCGUGGAGACUGUCAAAACGUCGUUCAGAGCUAAGAAAAAGUAUGGUCCCAGCAUUCCCCAGAAGAAGGAAGAGUGGCGUGAAUUCCGCCGUAAUGCCAAGUAUGAACGUAAUCUCAUUCGCAAGAAUCAGCUCCACCACAUAGGUUUAAGUUUAAUUGGAGGCUACCGUCGAAGGAAAUAGAUCCUAGCUUUAUCUUGAAUGAAAUAUCUCUGUAUUAUAAUAAUUUAUUCGCUUUAGCAUCAAUAAUGUUAUGUUAUUAAAUAUUGUUCAAGACUCGUAUGUCUCGUUUGUCGAGUGGUCGCAAUUUACUACCGAGAUGACGGCACUCGGGCAAGGGAUCUCGGGUACAAUUCCCGUUUGGUUAGUUUUAUUAUAUUACUACAGAAUCUUGAUUUGUGCCCGGUCUAUGGAAAUAGGCUGAUCCUCUAUUACACGGGACUUAUAACAUAAUUAGUGAAAUGUUACUGUUACAUUGUGAAACUGCAGCUGUGCGUCUCCCUUCGGGAAUUAAAAAGCGCCACGACAUUAUGUUGUAGUUGUUGUAUUAUGUUGUAGGUGGAAAACUUUGGUGUAAGUCUAUAACCUAGUUAAUUAGCAAAAUAAUGAAACUGUUGUGUUUGAUUAACUAGGAAAGGAUAAUUAAUGUCUUUUAUUAAAUAAAAAACGAAAAUUCCGAGAUUUUCGGAAUUCUCAGUAGUAGCCAGUAAUCUUGUUAUUUUUCUUAUUAAUUUUAAUGUAAUCUUUUGUAAAAUAAACUUUAAGAUAAUUA